AACGCAACUCAAUUCGCCGCUCGUCCCUUUCUUCUGCUAGUGCUAGGCAGACCACCCGGAAAAAGGCAGCAGAAGCAGCAACCAGAUCAGCCGCCAUGGUGAAGUAUUCAAGGGAACCCGAUAAUUCCACUAAGUCCUGCAAGGCAAGGGGCUCUGAUCUUCGGGUUCAUUUCAAGAACACAAGGGAGACUGCCUUUGCCAUAAGAAAGUUGCCUUUGGGUAAGGCUAAGAGGUAUUUGGAGGAUGUUAUGGCCCACAAGCAGGCCAUACCCUUCCGACGCUUCUGUGGUGGUGUCGGACGUACAGCUCAGGCAAAGAACAGGCAUUCUAAUGGACAAGGUCGCUGGCCUGUAAAAUCUGCCAAGUUCAUUCUAGACUUACUGAAAAAUGCUGAGAGUAAUGCUGAGGUUAAGGGUUUAGAUGUCGAUGCACUCUAUAUUUCUCACAUCCAAGUAAACCAGGCUCAGAAACAGAGGCGUCGUACCUACCGUGCUCAUGGAAGAAUCAACCCAUACAUGUCUUCUCCUUGCCACAUUGAAUUGAUUUUGUCUGAGAAGGAAGAAUCUGUUAAGAAAGAGCCUGAGACCCAACUGGCAGCUAGCAAGUCUAAGAAGUCCCAAGCUCUGCGCAGUGGUGUUUCCUCUUGAGUUGAAGUUUAAAAUUUUAGUCAGUGAAGGGGUGCUUCUCGACUUUGAUUUCUUACCUAGAGGAAGUUUUGAUAUUUUUCAAAAUAGAAUGAGUUGUUGUUUAGAUGUAUUGGAUGGUUUCUUGUGUUUUCAAACUUUGUUUAGUCAAAUGUCAUUUGAGAUUUUUCUUGGAGAUUUCUGUUUAAUCUUAGUCUAAUUAUAAAGUUUUAUAGAAGUUGCAUUUGUGAUUGA